UGCCCAUCACAGGAGAGCUCGACAGCGCCACCCUGAGGCAGAUGGCCGAGCCCCGCUGCGGCGUGUCGGAUGAGGGCAGCCAGCGGAUCUGGUCCCAAAGAGUUAACGUCAUCCUUACUGGGAAGAGACGACCGCAGCAUCGUGGCAGGCGCUCAGCUUCACAAGGUGAGAAGUGGUCUAAGCAACAUUUGACCUACCAGGUGGUAAACUGGCCUCAACACCUGUCCCGGGGCUCCGUGCGUCUGGCGGUGCAGGCUGCCUUCCAGCUGUGGAGCAACGUGUCGGGCCUGGUCUUCCAGGAGGCCCCCGAGGGGCCCGCGGACAUCCGGCUGACCUUUUAUGAAGGGGACCACAACGACGGGGCCAGCAACGCUUUCGACGGGCCAGGGGGAACUCUGGCUCACGCCUUCCUGCCUCGCCGAGGCGAAGCCCACUUCGACAUGGCUGAGAGGUGGACGCUGAACGGGCACAAGGGCCACAACUUGUUCAUGGUGACGGCACAUGAGGUCGGACACACCCUGGGGCUGGAGCACUCGCCGGUGCGGCACGCCCUCAUGUCCCCGUACUACAGGAAACUGGGCCGCAGCCUGGUUCUGAGCUGGGACGACAUCCUGGCAGUACAGCAGCUGUACGGUAAACCACUGAGUAAUCGGCCUGUGCGGUUGCCAGGUCAGGUGUUGCACGCUGCGCUGCAGCAGUGGGAGCUUGCAGAGCUGCAGAGCCAGAGCCAAACUGCAGGUCUACCUCUGUACUGCCAGGGAGUCUUUGAUGCAAUCACUAUGGACCAAAAUGAGACGGUGCUGGUGUUUCGCGGCAGCGUGUACUGGACGGUCUCAGCUGACGGCGGCGUGAGCAGCCCGCUGCCGCUCCGUCAACGCUGGCCCGGCCUGCCUCAGGCCAUCGAGGCGGCUGCCUUCUCCCCGCUGGACUCCAAAUGGUAUUUCUUCAAAGGGAGGAGGAUGUGGCGAUUCACAGGAGGCGUUUUGGAUCCUACCUUCCCCAGGAUGAGCAGUGAUCUGGGUCUGCCCCGCCACCCAGACUGCGCCUUCUACUACGCUCCUCUGGGCCACAUGGUUCUCUUUAAGCGCUCUCGCUACUUCGUCUUCAACCUCAAAAUCCUGCGCCAGGAGCCCUACUACCCCCGCAGACUGACUGACUGGACUGGCGUCCCUCCAGGCACCAACGGGGCCCUGACCCGGUCUGACGGGCGCCUUUACCUGUUUAAAGACAGGCAGUUCUGGAGGUUUGACCCGGGGAAGCUUCAGGUGACCAAAGAGGGACAGUGGGCUGAAGAUCUGAGCUGGACGGGCUGCUCCAACCUCCCUCAGAGCAAUAACAUCCUUUGACCAGCAGAGGGAGCUGGACGAGUAAAAGUGCAAUUUGUGUGAGGCAGAAACUGCAGUUUAUGUGGCAGCGAGCUAGAUGUAGACUUUAUGAUAAAUGUUGAAGCACUUACACUAUUUAUACUGUUGAAUGGAUGUCUAUGUGUAAUUACAGCUUUAUUAAUGCUGUGGUGCUGUUGAUUUGACCAAAGAAAAUCAUUUAGGUUUUGUGUUUUUUCCACUGUUUUUACAACAGUAAUAAUUUUCUGUCAAAGAAUUUUGCAUAAUUGUUUCUGUUAUGUUGCUAAUACGAUUAAUUUAGAAGUAUUGAUCCAUACAUUCAAAACUCAAGGCUGUCAACAUUUUUAUUACUUACAUGUAAACCCUGAAAUGUAAAUUGAUUUUUAAUUAUUUUCACAUGAACAUUGGAGUCUUGUAGCUAACACUGAAACAAUGUAUAGGCCAAACUGACAGAGAUAAGAAGUUUAAACAAUCAGAUUUACAAACUAAAAUGCAAUUUUAGUUUGUAAAUCAAUAAUCCUGCAUUAAUGCAAACCCCCCUGAAGAGAACAUGAAAUAUCUGCAGAAAAACCUGCCUGGAUUCAUGAUUUCAGUGCAUAAAGUCACUGAGUUUUAUUUAUGAUGCAUUAGACAUAAAAAAUAAAGAAUCAGUAGAAACCAAUUUACAUAACUAAAUUAAAUGAAGCUUAAAUUAAUCUUUUUUUAAUUAUGGGUAGUGGAACAAGCCCUCCACCUUCCUGUGCUAACCAUAGACUGUAUUCCAAACAGGAAGUACCUUCUGGUUCCAAGAAGCCAAAAUCUAGACUCUAUUGAGAAAUAAGCAGCUAUUAAAGUUCUGUUUGUCAGAAUAACCAUUCUUCCUCCGAUGUAUUUUUUGUUUGUUUUCAUGAUAAUCCCAUUUUUAAAAAAUAUUUUAUAAGCGCUAAAAAGGAAUGUUGAUUUUUUUUUUUUUUUAUGACAGUGAACUUCAGCUGAAGAAGAAAUCAAAUAAGUUUAGACUGAAAUCAGAUCCGGUUUAUCUGCAGACUUCUUAUGAUCAGCACUUCUGAUGGUACAAUCCUUGUUUCUAUGAGGAUGAAGGACACAUUUUUCUGUGGUUUUAGAUUUCUGCUGCAUUGGCCUGAGAGCUGGAGGGCUGUUGGACAACCUCAGUUGCAUCUCCUAAAAUGUCGCCACAUGGAGCUGCUCUGCUUCAGAGGCAAAAGACUGUUAGAACUAAAGGGCCAUUUCUGCCAUGUUUGCACACAACUCUUCCUCAUAAUCCUAAUCUGGAUUAUUGAGAAGCAGCUGUCAAAGUUACUGUCAAGUCUAAAUGUAAAAUGUUCACUUCUUAUGUAGCUCCUAUCAUUCACCUUGUAUCAUUUCUUCUGGCUGUUAGACAAAACAAACCUGGAAUUUGACAGAAAACGUCAAUUAAAGGAUUUACCUGUGA